AUGGCACGAAAAGGAAAUCAAAUCAAGAGUGCUCCCAAUCAUGCCUCACCUAACUGGCAAAAUACAACUGAUGAUGAUGUACUAAGUACACGAGAAAGGGGUGCUGCAGAUAGUGAAAAUCCGAGUUCACAUGUUCAAGGCAGAUCAAAGGGUCCUGAAGGAAGCAGUGAGAAGAAAGGAAGCAGCAGCAAAAGGAACAGCAGUAACAAUGGCAUAUCAUCCUUUGGAAAGAAGCAACAAAUGGUUACCAGUUGUGAUGUAAGCAGUUCAGAAGAAAAUGAGCUUUCGGCGAUUGCUGCUUCUGUGAUUGCCUUCAUAGGUCUAGGUUUCGCUAUCCUGCUUAUCUCAGUGCUUGCAGUGGUAAUCUUAUGGUUUUAUGGAAGUUUUUGGACGACAACUUGCGUAAUAAUUCUUGGAGGUGUUUUCUUUUUCGUGAAACGUGAACGAAUAGCUCUCCUUGUUGCCUGUUUAUAUUCGAUGUAUUGUGCGAGAUGCUAUGUCGGAUGGCUCGGAUUACUUUUGGGCCUCAACUUAUCUUUCUUUUCUAGUGAUGUUCUAGUGCAGUUCCUAAGGGACAAUGUAGACAAUAAGAAAUUCAAUGGUUCUUCAAGGAACUCGGAGCAAAGCUCAGGUAGAGCAGGCAAUAUCUUUGAAGAAUUUCAGCCAUCAGCAGAUAGCACCUCCCAAGCCAGAUAUGCUCCAGCUUCAGAUCGAGGUCCUGGUGAUCCUUCAACAAGUGGACCUGAGAAAGAGCUGACCUCUGAAGAUGAAAUGGCUCGUUUACUGAACUGCACUGACCACUAUUCAGCAUUAGGUUUCCGUCGAUACGAGAACAUAGAUGUAUCAUCUCUUAAGAGAGAAUACAAGAAAAAGGCUAUGUUAGUCCAUCCCGAUAAGAAUAUGGGCAAUGAUAAAGCUGCUGAUGCAUUUAAAAAGCUUCAAAAUGCAUAUGAGAUUCUUCUUGAUUCACUGAAACGCAAGACAUAUGAUGAUGAGUUGAGGAGGGAGGACCUCCUGAAUUACUUCAGGCAGAGUGUUUCUCAAAAGAAUGGAAGAAACAGUACUUUCCAACAUGGGUUCAGCCCUUCAGAAGGUGUUGAUGAAGGUCCUUAUGGUCUUUCCAGAAGAAUAGCUUGCAAAAAAUGCGGCGACUUUCAUCUUUGGAUUUAUACUGGAAGAGCUAAAUCACAAGCUAGGUGGUGUCAGGACUGCAAGGAGUUCCAUCAAGCUAAAGAUGGCGAUGGAUGGGUUGAACAGUCCUUUCAACCUGUUCUAUUUGGCAUGCUGCAGAAGCUUGAUUUACCUCAUGCAUAUGUUUGUGCAGAAAGCUACAUAUUUGAUGUCACUGAGUGGUUCAACUGUCAGGGAAUGAGAUGCCCGGCGAACACUCACAAGGCAACCUUUCAUGUCAAUGCCAACAUGGCAAAGCAGAGUAGUGGCAAGGGGAGUACCUCAGCGCAGAGGGGUGGUAAGGCCCCAAGUGGUGUAAACAUGGAUGGAGGACUCGACGAGGAAGAGUUCUUCGAGUGGUUCCAGAAUGCAGUCAACUCUGGAAUGUUUGAAACUGCAUUCGGGGCACAAGGUGACCGGACUUCUCCUGGUAACGGAAGCAAUGCGAAGAGUAGCAGUAGCAGUAGUAGUAGGAAAAAGAAGGGGAAGAAACAGUGGUAA